AUGGCAGCCGUACAAAAGGAUGGAUCUCGGGCGCACAGCCUGUCCGAACUGGAGCCUAUCCGACCUGCGAAAGAGGUUCAAGCCCAAGGCGUAGAGGCCUUCAAGGAUGUCGUCUUUGGCUCGACCGCAGGUGUCCUUGGGAAGUUCGUAGAGUACCCUUUCGACACAGUCAAGGUACGACUACAGUCACAGCAUGUUCUGGAUGGCCACGCUCGGCUACAUGGCCCCAUCGAUGCCUUUGUCACAGCCUUUCGUUCGCCAGAGGGACCACUGGUCAGUCUUUACCGCGGUAUCACUGCACCGCUCUUGGGUGCCGCUGUUGAGACCUCCUGUCUGUUCUUCAGCUAUCGAGUUGCGCAAGAUGCUCUCGUUGCAUGGAAUCCCUCGCUCAGGAGACAAAAAGAGCAGUCAGCCUCCAAAGAGCUGCCAUUCAGCUACCUUGUCGCAUGUGGUGCGAUAUCUGGUGCCUUCACAUCUCUCGCACUGACGCCCAUCGAGCUCGUCAAGUGUAAGAUGCAGGUGCCCGCCAGCAAUACGACUCCAAGACGACCUCCCAGCAUUCCUCGCAUCAUCAUGUCAGUGUUCCGUACACAUGGUUUAUUGGGUUUCUGGCAUGGACAAUUGGGCACCUUGAUCAGAGAAACGGGCGGUUCUGCGGCCUGGUUCGGAUCCUACGAAGGCGUCAAGAAGCUGUACGUCAGAUACGAUCAGUCAUUGAACAACGAUAUCGAAAAAGUCAAGCUCUGGCAGCAACUGACCGCAGGUGCCGUUGCAGGAAUGCUGUACAACUUCACGUUCUACCCGGCUGACACCAUCAAGAGCCGUAUGCAGACUGAAGAAGUCGUGCUGUCCCGAUCGCAGGGUACAUUUUUAGGCACUGGAAGGGAGUUAUGGAAGCAGUCCGGUCUCAGAGGGUUUUACAGGGGGUGCGGUAUCACGGUCUUUCGGGCAGCCCCGAGCUCGGCCAUCAUUUUCAGUGUGAUGGAGGCGUUGAGAAAGCGUUUCGGAUGA